AGGUUCCUAUAAGGUGUCAGGGUGGUCACUGUCUAUUUCUCCAUGGAGGAGUGGGAGUAUUUAGAAAGGACACAAGGAUCUCUACAAGGACGUAAUGAUGGACAUUCACCGCCCCUCAACUAUCACGGAUGGAUCCAGUCAUGGGAACCCCACCAGAGAGAUGUCCCGGUCCUCUGUAUUCCUGGGAUUCCACACAGGAAGGUCACACCAUCCCUCACCAUCAUCAGGUAGAUGGAUCCAGUCAUGGGGAACCCACCAGAGAGAUGUCCCCAUCCUCUGUAUUCCCGUGAUUCCACACAGGAAGGUCACACACCAUCCCCUCACCAUCAUCAGAGUGAAGAGCUGAUUUACAUGAAAGUUGAGGUUUAAAGAGGACGAGGAGGAGGACAUGUGUGCGGGUAUGAUCAGCCAAUCUACUGGGUGACAAUAUAAGAUAAGGAAUCUUCUCGAGAUAUCCGCAUCAGGUGG